GGGGACGUUGACAAGUGGAUCCAAGAUGGCGUAGAAAGUAAUGACAGGAUUUCUGUCCCUGAGUCAUGGCAGACAGAAGACCAGAGAAGUCAUGUGAACAAGCAUGUGAAUCUCUUAAGCAGCAGGAUUAUGAAGUGGCAGUGAAGCAUUGCACAGAGGCUCUCCUUUCCCUCAGCCAGUACCCCCCAGCUCACCUCCCGGAGGCAUGCCAGGCAGAAAUCGACCGCAUCAAAAUCGAGACUCUUCUGUAUAGAAUUGCUUCCUUUUUACAACUUAAAAAGUAUGGGCAAGCAGAUGAAGACUGUAGGCAUGUGCUGGGAGAGGGGCUGGCCAAGGGAGAUGGAUCUUUCCGUGCAGUGCUCUGCUGCAUGCAUCUUAAAGGGAAGCUGCAAAUUGUGUCUAAUGUUCUUUCCAAAUCACUGAUGGGUGAAUCACUGAACGGGAUGGUAACUAAAGAUCUGACACGACUGAAAACACUUCUUGCUGAAACAGAGGCAGCUGGUAAAGUACCAUCAGGAUAUCAUGUAGAAGAUUUAGAAGAAGGGUCCCGGGAUGGCUGGCACUUCCGCCCUCCACCCCGGGGAGUCACAAGCAGUGAAGAAUAUACGCUAUGUAAAAGAUUUUUAGAGCAAGGGAUCUGCAGGUACGGUGCCCAGUGUACUUCAGCACAUUCCCAGGAAGAGCUAACAGAAUGGCAGAAACGAUAUGCUUCCCGCUUGAUCCGAUUAAAACAGCAGAAGGAAAACAAGCAGUGUUCAGGCAGUUAUAUGGAAACCUUGAUUGAGAAAUGGAUGAACUCGUUAUCUCCUGAGAAAGUGCUUAGUGAAUGUGUAGAAGGAGUGAGAGUAGAACAUAAUCCUGAGCUAUCGGUAACUGUCACAACCAAAAAGUCCCAUCAGACAUGGACAUUUGCUCUCACUUGCAAGCCUGCAAGAAUGCUGUAUCGAGUGGCAUUGCUUUAUGAUGCCCAUCGCCCACAUUUUAGUAUCGUUGCAAUAUCUGCUGGAGACAGCACUACCCAGGUAUCCCAGGAAGUUCCAGAAAACUGUCAGGAAUGGAUAGGAGGAAAGAUGGUCCAGAAUGGAAUAGAUCAUUAUAUAUACAAAGUCAGUAUAGCAUUUAACACAGAAAUCUUUGGAACUUUUCGCCAAACUGUUGUAUUUGACUUUGGAUUAGAGCCAGUCCUCAUGCAACGAGUAAUGAUUGAUGCUGCUUCAACUGAAGAUCUUGAAUACCUGAUGCAUGCACGGCAACAGCUACUAACCACAGCUAAGCGUUGGGAUUCUACUUCUAAGACUAUUGUAGAAUUUGAGCCUAAUGAAACUACUGAAUUGGAGAAGAGCCUUCUUUCCAGAUACCAAAUCCCUCUGUCUGCUGACCAGUUAUUUACACAAUCUGUCCUGGACAAAUCAUUGACCAAGACCAACUAUCAGUCACGGCUCCAUGACCUCCUUUAUAUUGAGGAAAUAGCACAGUAUAAGGAAGUUAGCAAGUUCAACAUAAAAGUGCAAUUGCAGAUAGUAGCAAGCUUCAUGCUCACUGGUGUUUCUGGAGGUGCAAAGUACGCCCAAAAUGGACAACUUUUUGGCCGCUUCAAGCUCACUGAAACGCUUUCGGAAGACACUUUGGCUGGACGGCUGGUGAUGACCAAAGUCAAUGCUGUUUAUUUAUUGCCUGUCACUAAAGAGAAGUCAGCACAGACCCAAGGAACCAAAGAGAAGGUUUAUGAAGCAGCUAUUGAGGAGAAAACAAAAGAUUAUAUCUUCUUGAGGGUAUCCAGGGAAUGCUGCGAAGAACUCAAUCUUCGGGCAGAUUGUGAAAUGCAGGUUGAACUUCAGUUUCAGUUAAAUCGCUUACCCCUCUGUGAAAUGCAUUAUGCUUUGGACAGGAUUAAGGACAACAGUAUUUUAUUUCCAGAUGUCAGCAUGACUCCCACCAUCCCCUGGAGUCCCAACAGACAAUGGGAUGAGCAGUUGGACCCUCGACUAAACGCUAAGCAGAAAGAGGCUGUUCUGGCUAUCACUACUCCACUUUCAAUACAACUGCCUCCUGUUCUUAUCAUCGGUCCCUAUGGGACAGGAAAAACCUUCACUCUGGCUCAGGCAGUCAAGCACAUACUUCAACAACAGGAUACUAGCAGGAUUCUCAUUUGCACCCAUUCUAAUAGUGCUGCUGAUCUCUACAUAAAGGAUUAUUUACAUCCAUAUGUAGAAGCAGGCAAUCCCCAGGCAAGACCUCUCAGGGUAUAUUUCAGAAAUCGCUGGGUAAAGACUGUCCACCCAGUUGUGCAUCAGUACUGUUUGAUUUCAAGCACACAUUCCACCUUUCAGAUGCCACAGAAAGAAGACAUUCUUAAGCAACGAGUAGUAGUUGUUACUUUAAAUACAUCACAGUAUCUAUGUCAACUGGAUCUUGAACCAGGUUUUUUUACACACAUUCUGUUAGACGAAGCUGCGCAAGCUAUGGAGUGUGAAACUAUUAUGCCUCUAGCAUUAGCUAAUAAAAACACAAGAAUUGUCUUGGCUGGAGACCAUAUGCAGCUCAGUCCUUUUGUCUACAGUGAAUUUGCCAGGGAGAGAAACCUUCAUGUCUCAUUGCUUGAUCGGCUCUAUGAGCACUACCCUGCAGAAUUUCCAUGCAGGAUCUUGCUGUGUGAGAACUAUCGCUCCCAUGAAGCUAUCAUCAAUUAUACAUCUGAACUUUUCUAUGAAGGCAAAUUGAUGGCAAGUGGAAAGCAGCCGGCCCACAAAGAUUUCUACCCUUUGACUUUCUUCACAGCACGUGGAGAAGAUGUGCAAGAAAAAAAUAGUACAGCUUUUUACAACAACGCAGAGGUGUUUGAAGUAGUGGAGCGUGUUGAAGAAUUAAGAAGAAAAUGGCCUGUUGCCUGGGGCAAGUUGGAUGAUGGCAGUAUAGGUGUCGUAACACCUUACGCUGAUCAAGUGUUCAGGAUUCGGGCUGAACUACGGAAAAAAAGACUGUCUGAUGUCAGUGUGGAGAGAGUGCUAAACGUUCAGGGAAAACAGUUCAGAGUCUUGUUUCUCAGCACAGUACGAACACGGCAUACAUGCAAACAUAAGCAAACACCAAUUAAAAGGAAAGAGCAGUUACUGGAGGAUUCAACAGAAGACUUGGAUUAUGGUUUUCUGUCCAAUUACAAACUUCUCAACACUGCCAUUACAAGAGCACAAUCCUUAGUAGCUGUGGUGGGAGAUCCUAUUGCUUUAUGUUCCAUUGGAAGAUGCAGGAAAUUUUGGGAAAGGUUUAUUGCCCUAUGUCACGAGAAUGAAAGUCUCCACGGUAUCACAUUUGAACAGAUCAAAGCUCAGCUGGAAGCUUUGGAGUUAAAGAAAACUUAUGUGUUGAACCCACUGGCUCCUGAGUUUAUCCCGCGAGCUCUUCGGCAUCAGCAUUCAGCCAAUACCACCAAACAGCAGCAGUCACCACCAAAGGGCAAGGUCCAUCAUCACAACCAGAAUGACCAUUUCCCACCUGAUGGAAUUGUUCAGCCCAAUCCUUCUGUUCUAAUCGGAAAUCCUAUCCGAGCAUAUACUCCUCCCCCUCCUCCUCUGGGACCUCACCCCAAUCUGGGGAAAUCUCCAAGUCCUGUUCAAAGGAUAGAUCCACACACUGGGACAAGUAUUCUAUAUGUACCUGCUGUUUAUGGAGGAAAUAUGGUCAUGUCUGUGCCUUUGCCUGUACCAUGGACGGGGUAUCAGGGUAGGUUUGCAGUUGACCCUCGACUCAUUACUCAUCAAGCAGCUAUGGCAUAUAAUAUGAACCUGUUACAGGCACAUGGGCGUGGGUCUCCUAUACCUUAUGGCCUGGGACAUCAUUCACCAGUUAAUAUAGGACAACAGCAACAGCUUCAGCAUCAAGACAAGGAGCAACAUGAACAAAAUCGAAACGGUAAAAGUGAAAACACUGUAGGACCUGAAAUCACUAAAAUUCGAACACCUGAGAAGAAACCUGUCGAAUCCAAGCAGGUUGACUUAGAAGCAAAUUCUCAAAACAGAAGCCCCGAGUCCCGUUCCAGUGUUGGUUAUCCUAAUGCUAAAUUUCAUCGCAAAGAGAACCUUAACCCCAGGCAGCUGAACCUCCAUCUCACCCCACCCCACUCACAGUACGCAGUUCCCAAUCGCCACUUCCAGCACCUGGCACAGAUCCCAAGGCAGCCAUACCCUCUGCAGCAACAGCAAAACCUUUUAAGUCAACAACAAAACCAUUUGCCUGAACAACAAAACCAAAUGCCACCCCAGCAAAGCCAGGUAGUUCAGCAGCAUAAUCAUUUGAACCAGCAGCCUCCACAACCUUCGCAGCUUUCCCCUGCUUACCAGGCAGGCCCCAGCCAGUCUUUUUUUAAUAAUCCCAUUCCCCACCGACCACAUUCUCCUGCUGUAGAUGCUGUGAUUUCAGAACAACACCCCCCACCUAUGUUACAAGAAGUCAGUAAUCCUUUGAGGCCUAUUGCCCAGCACAACCCUGUUCUGCCAACCCACUUGAACAACUUCAUUGAAGAGAAUCCAUCAGGAAUGCCCUUAGGGGACACUUUAGAUCGUAUGCAUGGAAAUGUAGCUUUGGAAACAAUAAGGCAGCAACAACAAGCCAGGUUACAGCAAUGGAAUGAACAUAAUGCCUAUCUCAGUCAAGGCACUAUUCCAUAUCAACACCAUCACCAUCCUCAUCUACCACAUCUUCCUCAGCAGCCAAUUGGAUUGCAUCAACAGCAGCAAGUUAGGGCAAACUGGAAACUUGCCAGUAAUACAGAAGAUGAAACAGAGGCAACAUAUUCAAGAUUCCAGGAUUUGCUCAGAGAACUGUCACACCGUGAUCAAAGUGAAAGUCGGGACUUAACUGAAAUGCCACCCCCUCAGUCAAGACUGUUGCAAUACCGACAAGUUCAGCCCAGAAGCCCACCAGCACUCCCUUCUCCUUCCUGCAACUCUAACCACAGCGGUCACUUCCCUAACUUCACUGAAAACAACAGAGACAUUGAAAUACCCAAUAACCCAGCAUUUCAGCAGCAUUUACCCCAAAUAUACAAUCCCCCUUUCUCAAUGCCAUCUGAACAUAUAACCCCAUCUCCCUUGAAAUACCUGCAACCUGAUGGAUCGUGGACUUAUGCUAACCUACAGCAGAAUCACCUUAUGGGGCAGGGCUUUCAUUAUGGUAUACCUCCAUUGCCCCACAGGUCGCAACAAAACCCUUUUAUACAGAUACAGAAUCAUCAGCAUGCAGUCGGUCAGGAGCCAUUUCAUCCACUCGCAUCUCGAGCAGUAUCUGCUUCUUCGCUCCACAGCUUAGAAGAGUAUGAACCAAGAGGACCAGGCAGGCCAUUGUACCAAAGAAGAAUUUCCUCUAGUUCAGUCCAGGCUUGUUCUGAAGAAUUAAGCACUCCUCAAGACAGUCUUGGUCAGUGUAAAGAGCUUCAGGACCACAGUAACCAGUCAUCUUUCAACUAUUCAUCACCUGAGUUGUGGGUAAACUCCUCCUCAUCUGCCCCAUACCCAAACAUUCCAUGCAACGGAGCCAACAGAGCAGUUCCAGCCCGGGAGUUGUUAGCUCCACCGAAGACGGUCAAGCCCCCAGAGGAACACCUGAAGGCCGAGAACAUCCAGCUCUCCAACUCCUUCAACUACAGCGUGCUACAGCAUCUCGGCCAGUUCCCACCUCUCAUGCCCAACAAGCAGAUCGUCGAGUCCAACAGCAACAGCCAGCAGAACGCUGGGGGGAGCAAGCCUGUCAUGUCCUACGCAAGUGCUCUGCGGGCUCCGCCAAAGCCCAAACCUCCUCCUGAGCAGACAAAAAAGAAUAGCGACCCUUUGUCUUUGUUUCAGGAACUUAGCCUAGGUAGUUCAUCAGGUAGCAAUGGCUUUUACUCCUAUUUUAAAUAACCAGAUUAUUUUUUUUAGAGAGAAUUUAAUUUUUAUUUGUGUCGGUAGAUCUAAGAUAGUUGGGGCUUCACCCGUAGUUGCAACUAUUCCCUUUGUUUAUAUUAGUAACUAUAGCCUCACUUAAUUGCUUUGCUGCUAGACUUGCAACUAAUUUUGGGGGUUGGUUUUUUUUGUUUGUUUUUUUAAUUAUAUUCCAUUAUUUUGCUUUUUUUUUUUUUGGAUGUGGGUUGGGGUUUUUUUUGGAAGCUUUUCUGUAGGAAAACACCUGUUAUUUUUUAAGUUGUGUAACGUUACUGAUCUGUUGCAUUGAACUAGCAGCUGGGAGGUUCUCACCUGUCCAACAAAAAAAAGAAAACAAAAAAGGCAAAAAAAAAGGCAAAAAAAAGGCAAAAAGACAAAAAAAAAGUUUGUCUAAAUUGUAUUUAAGAAGAUUGUAAGUAGCAUUUACAUUUAUUCAAUAACAUUAGCAUACUAUGCUGGGUUUCUGUACCAGAAAUGGCCAGUUAAUGUAAAAAUGUAUGUUAUUUCUGCUUAAAUUCAUUUAAUUUUCUUUCUUUUUCUUUUUUUUUUUAAAUAAAGUUGCAGCAUCUUCUAAAUCCUUUCAGUUUUAUCAGUUUUUUGUGAAGGGAUGCUGCAUUCUCAGACUUUUCUAGUUUUAGAUUCUGUAUGAUGUGGUAUUGUAUUUUCCAUCCACUGUAGGGUAAAGUGAAGGCAUUCUUUGCAGACACCUUUGCCAUUGUUUGGAAACAUUCAGAUAAAAAAAGUAUUGGUAUACUUUAAAAUAAUAAAAAAAAGAAAAUAUAAAAAAGCAAAAAAAAAGUUAAAAAAAAGAAAAAAACCCUAACAAAAAAAAAACCCAACAAAGAAACUCUACAUUUUAUUUUUGGACAAGCUGGUAAUAGAAGCUUGUUUGAAAAGUUAAUUUGAUAGGUUUUUUAAAUGAAUUAUGAAGCUGAAAAUAAAUUUUUAGGUAUGUUGGUGCUUAGUAGAUUUAAUAACUAUUUUAAAAAGGACAAAAAAAAAGCGUGAUUUUAGUAAAACUACCUUUUUUUUUGUUGGUUUGUUUCAGUUUUUUUUUCCACUAUGCAUGUGUAAAUGUUUGUAAUCUGGCUUCUCCCCCUCUCCAGUGGUAUAAAGAAUUGUGCCGCUUGAAUUCUUUUUUUCCUUUCUUAUCCUUUUUUUUCCUCUCUCCGGUAAAACUUUUGGUACAUUAUUUGAUGUUUACAUUAAAAUGUGACAUUAUACAAGGAAAUUCAGAUAUUUUGCUAACUGUUUUGUUUGAGGAACAUCAUUAAAGAAGAGAUUUAAUGUUUGUCAAA